UGGGUGGAAUUAAGAGUGACAUCACUUCGCAUCAUCAUCGCACCGGAUAGCGUGAGUUCAAGAAAGAGUUUGAGAAACUUGAAGAACAUGAGCACGAGCCCAAAGUGACUUACAAUCAGUUUAGAACACAUCCAACACACUUAAGAAGUUUAAGAGACCCAAGUUGACAGAAGACGAUGAUCGCCUCUCAUUUACUGGCAUACUACUUCACGGAGCUUCACCAUGACCACGUCCAGAAAGUGGAUAAGUUCCUGUAUCACAUGCGACUGUCAGAUGAGAACCUGAUGGAUGUCUCCAAGCGGUUCAGGAGGGAGAUGGAUAAAGGACUAGGCAGAGACACUAACCCAACCGCAGCCGUCAAGAUGCUCCCCACCUUUGUCCGUUCCACACCUGAUGGCACAGAAACGGGCGACUUCCUUGCUCUGGACUUGGGAGGAACAAAUUUUCGAGUUCUGCUUGUCAGAGUGUCUAGUAAUGGAAAACAAAAGGUGGAGAUGGAAAACCAGAUCUACGCCAUUCCAGAGAACAUCAUGAGGGGCAGUGGGACAGAGCUCUUCGAUCACAUAGCUGAAUGCUUGGCCAAUUUCCUUGAAAAAUUGGGCAUCAAAGACAAGAAGCUGCCUCUUGGCUUUACCUUUUCAUUUCCUUGCCAGCAGACCAAACUAGAUGAGAGUUUUCUGGUGUCUUGGACCAAAGGUUUUAAGGCGAGUGGAGUGGAGGGGAGAGAUGUUGUGGGCCUGUUGAGAAAAGCCAUCAAGAAGAGAGGGGACUUUGACAUUGACAUUGUGGCUGUGAUCAAUGACACCGUUGGCACCAUGAUGACCUGCGGUUAUGACGACCAUCACUGUGAGAUCGGCCUCAUUGUUGGUGAGAAUUGCAUUGUAGAAUAUUUGCAUUUGCAUUCAAUCAUUCUGGUGGAUGGUGAUGAAGGUCGUAUGUGUGUGAACAUGGAGUGGGGUGCGUUCGGCGACGACGGCGCCCUGGAUGACAUCCGCACUGAAUUCGACCGGGAGAUUGACGCUGGGUCCCUGAACCCCGGCAAACAGCUGUUUGAGAAGAUGAUUAGUGGGAUGUACAUAGGGGAGCUGGUCAGACUCAUUCUGGUGAAGAUGGCCAAAGAUGGUCUGCUGUUCCAGGGACACACCACUCCAGAUCUGCUCACCACUGGCCACUUCCAGACUUCCUUUGUCUCUGCCAUGGAAAAUAAAAAGAAUAACGAGGGUCUGGUGAGUGCAGAGCAGGUGUUGAGAGGACUCGGACUGGACCCGUCCCCCGAAGACUGCGUGGCCACGCAGCGAGUGUGUCAGAUUGUGUCUACGCGUGCGGCCCACCUCUGUGCUGCCACGCUAGCGGCUGUCCUACGGCAGAUUCGAGAUAACAAAGCCGCAGAGAGAUUGCGCACCACUGUCGGCGUGGAUGGAUCAGUCUACAAAAACCACCCACAGUUUGCCCGCCGACUGAAUAAGAUGGUGCGGUUAUUGGUGCCUGACUGUGACGUGCGUUUCUUGCGCUCUGAGGAUGGCAGCGGUAAGGGGGCUGCCAUGGUUACAGCUGUGGCACACCGGUUGGCAAAGCAGCAUGCAGAGCGUCAGCGUAUCCUGAACACCCUGCGUCUCAGUCGGGAUCAACUCCUGGAGGUGAAGAAAAGGAUGGAGGAGGAGAUGAACCGAGGCUUGGCUAAAAAAACACAUGCCACGGCAACUGUCAAAAUGCUGCCCACCUUUGUACGCUCCACACCGGAUGGAACAGAGCGUGGCGACUUCUUGGCCCUGGAUCUGGGCGGCACAAACUUCAGGGUGCUCUUGGUGCGCGUUCGAAGUGGGAAAAGACGGAGCGUGGAGAUGCAUAAUAAGAUCUACACCAUCCCCCAAGACAUUACCCAGGGCACCGGCGAGGAGUUAUUUGAUCACAUAGUGCACUGUAUUGCUGACUUCCUGGAGUAUAUGGGUAUGAAGGGGGCAUCGCUGCCUCUGGGUUUUACCUUCUCGUUUCCCUGCCAUCAGACCCGACUGGACCAGGGUAUCUUGAUAAAGUGGACGAAGGGCUUCAAGGCCUCAGGGUGUGAGGGAGAGGAUGUGGCCACGCUGCUGAAAGACGCCAUCCAUCGCAGUGAGGACUUUGAUUUGGAUGUGGUAGCUGUGGUGAAUGACACCGUGGGCACAAUGAUGACAUGUGGGUACGAGGACCCACAAUGUGAAGUGGGGCUCAUUGUCGGCACAGGGACUAACACAUGCUACAUGGAGGAGAUGUCAAACGUUGAGCUGGUGGAUGGAGAUGAGGGUCGUAUGUGUGUGAACAUGGAGUGGGGAGCGUUUGGGGACCGCGGGGAGCUGGAUGACUUGUGCACAGAGUUUGAUCGAGCUGUGGAUGACCAGUCCACUUACCCUGGGAAACAGCGGUAUGAGAAGAUGAUCAGCGGGAUGUAUCUUGGCGAGAUCGUCAGAAAUGUCCUCUUGGACUUCACUGCCAAAGGUCUGCUUUUCCGUGGCAAACUUUCAGAGAGACUGAAAACUCGCGGCAUCUUCGAAACCAAGUUCCUGUCGCAGAUUGAGAGCGAUCGUUUGGCUCUGAGGCAAGUUCGUUCCAUCCUGCAGCACCUGGGUUUGACCAGCAGUACGUGUGACGACAGUAUCCUUGUGAAGGAAGUUUGCAGCGUAGUGUCCAAACGGGCAGCCCAGUUGUGCGGAGCCGGUCUGUCGGCUGUGAUUGACAAGAUACGACUGAACCGUGGCCUUGAGAAACUCAGCAUCACCGUAGGAGUGGACGGCACGCUCUACAAACUUCACCCACACUUUGCUACCAUUAUGCGAGAGACCUUAAGAGACCUGGCGCCCAACUGUGAGGUUACUCUCGCCCAAUCAGAAGAUGGCAGCGGAAAAGGUGCUGCCCUCAUCACGGCUGUGGCUUGUCGAUUAAGAGAUGCUGGAAAGUAGUGACUGAACAAAAUAAUAUAAAGGGAAAAAGAUGAGGAAGAAAUUACACAACGAGCUUCCUUUUUUUGUGCCACAAUGUGACCUUACUGAAACAACACUCCUGUCUGUAAAAGAAUGUAUCUUAUUUAUUUUUGUUCCAUUUUAUCCUUUAGGUCAUUCAUUGCAAGGACUUGGCAUAUACUGGUAGGGUAUUGUUUAUAGAAAAGGGGAAAACAUCAAGCAGAAGAAAAACGAACUAUUAUAUAUAUAUUUGUAUUGUUACGGAUUUGAAUUACUGUACUGUCUGAAGUAAGCACAAAGAGAUUUUAUUCACCUCUUGAGCUGUGAAGUAGGCGAGUAAACAUAUUUUUUAUUUUGGAGUGAACUCUUCAUUUUAAAGGACUAGUUCACAC